AUGAUUGCUGGCGAUGAGGAAGAUGACUGGAAACCAGGGAAUUCUGAUGUUGGAGAAGACGAUGAUGAAUCUGAAUCAAUUGAUUCGGAUGCCUCCGCUGAGGCUGAGGAAGAUGAAGAUGCGGAUGAUGCUGAUGACGAUGAUGAUGACACUGGCUCUGCCAGACGCCAAAAAGCAACUUCAUCGACGAAAAAGGCUCCAAUUAGGAGAAAGCGGAGGGCUGCCGGCUCCCCCAACCAUAUUCGUAAGUUAAUAUCCGUCCUUUUACAUCUUCACUUUUUUUCCUACAUUUGA